AUGUCCGACGAACCUAGUCUCCCGAGUCUCCCACCCUCCCUUAGUUGGAACGCGCAAACGGAGCGUUUCAGCAGCAAACCCAAUAACCCAAAGAAGCGCAGGUACGACCUGAAGAGCCAUUCUGCCGCGCCGCCGUCAUGGUCCAAUUCAAGCGAUCCAGCCGUCUUCUCCAGCGAUGACGACCCGGGCCUGGACAACUACGUCGAGGGGAGACGCAAGAAGCGGUACAUCGGAUCAUGGUACCAACAGCAGCCUGCUGCAUCAUCCGACUCGGCCACGGGAGAGCUGCGGCCGGCGUUGAGGGGCAAGAGGGCGUUCAAGCGCGACAUGGAUUCUGGUGUUUGGAUGGGAAGCGACAGCACCGACGGGGACGACACAAUGAUGCCCGAGCUGCCGACGCAGGCGCGGUUGCCUCAGCUGAACACGGCUCCCGCACCGGUCCGUCGCAAUGUGGUUCCUUCGGAAGACGUGGAGGCGCGGGAGAAGAUUCAGAGAUUCGUGGAUGCAGGGGAGGAAAAGAUUGAUCUCUCAAUGAUGGGCCUCAAGUCGCUUUCUGACGCGACUGUUCGGAUAUUGUCUGAGUUCUCUUGCAUCCCCGUUGUCGCCGAAGGAGUGCCUUUUGAACACAAAGAUCCUUCUUUGGAACUCUACCUCUAUCGUAAUCCUCUGCAAAGACUUCCUGGUGCCAUCUUCGACCUGGAGCAUCUGACGGUGUUGUCUCUUCGCGGAUGCAGGCUAAGAGAGCUGCCUCCGGCGAUUGGCAAGAUGCGCAAGCUCAAGACUCUCAACCUGGCCCAGAACCUGCUCAGAUACUUGCCUGCCGAGCUGCUUGACCUGAUGGCUGCGCCCUCGUCUCUCGUGGAGCUUCUCCUCCAAGGCAACCAUUUCUUCCAGAACGCUGAUCUUCCCCGUCUUAGUGACAUGGACAACCUUACCGCUGAAGAUCCUGAGGGCAAGAGUUUGCUGGAAGCCUGGCGAGAAGGAUUCAGCGGCACCGCUGGCAGAUUCUUCGCGCGGUCUCCGGUCCACUACCUGGACACCUCAGGAUUCUCGCACUCAGACUUCCGCCUCGACCCCGAGGCGGUGAUGGUGCCGAUUGACAGGCCGGAGGGUGGUGGCGCCUCCCUCGUCACACCUCCCUCGUCGGCUCCGUAUCAUUCCAAGUCAGCAGGCAGGAGCGUGAUGAGCACGCAGGGAAGCCGCGUGCCGAGUUUGAUGGAGCUGGCUCUUCGCAGCGCCUACAAGAUCUCGAACCUCGAGGAGUUGCCCGACUACAUCCCCGAGAUGCCUAAGCUUCAGGGCCUGCUGGAGCGUGCCGCCGAUCAGAAAGAGGUCGGUGGCCAGACGUGUUGCGCUUGCAAGAAGCCGUUCGUGGCGCCGACCGUCCAGUGGCUGGAGUGGUGGCAGGUCUGCUUGGUCGAGAGCAGACAAAGGGAAGGCGACCACUUCCUUCGGUCGCGGCCAUGGACCGAUCUUCUCGAGGAGAAUGAUGGUGCGGUGCCGUUUUUGAGAAGAGGGUGCUCGUGGAAGUGCGGACCCGCUGAGAUUCGGGAAGGACAGUGGUCGAUUCGACCAGUUGAGGAUGCCGCGUAA